AUGUUUAGUACAGCAUCAAGUUCAAAUCCUCCUUCAAAUGGAAUGGAAAUGAAGGUAAAAUCGGAUACUCAAUCAAUAGUUUCAUCUUCAUCUUCUUCAGCUUCAAAUUACGAUAAGAAAUUACGUCAAACUAAAAGGCCUAAAAGAGCAUCUUCUCAAAAUGUGGAUUAUAAUCUGAAAAAGAGAAGAAUUAUUCCUUCUAAUGAUUCAUACACAAGAAUAAAUGAGCUAACGAAGCAAAAGGAUUUAGAGGAUCCAAGUUUUGAAGAGGAGAGAGAAAUAGUCGAAUUAGUGGAAAGAGAUGAAAAUGGUAAUAUAAUAAACAUCAAUGAUGACCAAAUACUUACAACUACAAAAAAUGGUGCGACUGGAUUGCCGUUAUCAGAUUAUCCUCCAGAAAAAGUGAAAAGAGAAUCCCUUUGGGAUUAUAAAAAAUUAUUAUUACCAAAUGGUAAUAUUUUUAACGUCGACGAUUCAAAAUAUAAGGCAAACUUACAAACUAAUAAUUCUAAUGAUCUAACGAAAUCAAGUGGCAUAAGAGGAAACAGAAUUCCAGUAGAUAUUCAUGAGAACGAACGUAAAGACAGCACUUAUAAAUAUUAUGAGCCAAUACAAGAAACUUUAAAUAGUAAUAAAAACAACCAUAACCAUCACACUGGAAAAAUUGCUCACCCACAUAUAAUGACAAAAAUUAAAGAUUCAUUAUUAAAAGAAUCCAAAAGUAAAUUAUUUGGACAAAGUACAGUAUCAAAUUUACAAGAAGAUACAUCAACUGCAUCAAAUACCACUACAUUAGCAAAUGAACCAGAGUUUGAUAAUGAUGAUUUCUGUUCAACUUGCUUACAAACAGGUUCAUUUUUAUGCUGUGAUACCUGCCCUCGCUCUUUCCAUUUUUUAUGUUUGAAUCCUCCUUUGGAUCCCGAUCAACUACCCGAAGGCGAUUGGUCUUGCCCACAUUGCAUAUUUCGAAUGAAAUACCCAACUAAUACAGCUUUCAAAAAAGCAGAAAAAGAAUUUGUUAAUGACUUGCCACAGCAAAAUAGGCUUUUUGGUAAGCUCUUAUUUCAGUUGGAAUCAACAAAUCCAAUUCAAUACAGGGUUCCUAAAACCGUAAGAGAGGCUUUCCAAAAUGUUAAAACUGGUGCCAGAGGUCAAUAUCAAGAUGAUAGAGAAAAAGAACCUUUGACCGAAAAGCUAAUAUUUGGCACACCAUAUGGUCAAAGUAUAACAAAAUUAGAUUGUUAUACUCCAGAUACUCAUAUUAAUACAGAAGAUAAUUCUUUCUUGCUUUGCUUCAGGUGCGGAACGACAAAAAUGGGAACAUGGGAUAAUUAUAAGACUGAUUCAAAAUUAAUCAUGAAAUGUGACUAUUGUAAUACACCUUGGCAUUUGGAUUGCAUUCCCGAGGUUCCUCGUGCAUCAAUGAAAAACCUAGGAACAAAAUGGAUGUGUCCUUUGCAUGCUGAUAAAGCAAAUCUGAAGUCAACAAGCUAUGAUACACAUAGGAAGUUAUCACACAAGCAGAAAUAUAUGAAGCCAUUGCAAACCUCAGGAUUUAGGAAUAAUGGUGAUAUAAACAUUGCUUUAGAUGAGUUAACUGUACCCGCAUCAAAAUACACCAUAAACGAGUUUAAAAAACCUGGUGAAUAUCCACCUAUUCCGGUCUUACAAGAGAAUUCAGUCAAACUGGAUUUUAUGGAUAAAAUUUAUAAGGCUAAAAAAGUACAAAGGGAUUUAGAUAUUAGAUCACAGGAACAUUUGUUGAAUAAAGUAAUGUUUGCUUCAGCUUUAGAAUCAAAUAAGACUGAAACAAAAAAAUCAGAAGGUUCAUUAAUUGGUGACCUUGCUCCUCUUAUUUACUUUGCUUUAGGUGAAGAAUCAAGACUACAGAAACUUUGGGAUUUUAAAGAGCUUUGUACAAUUGCCGACGAUGAGUUGGUUAAGAACGAUAUUUCUAAUAAGGAAAUAAAGCAAUUAGCAUUCCUAAAGAAAUUGUUAGAAUCUAAACCUAAAGAGGAAAUAAUGAAAUUUUUAAAUCUUCAUGAGUAG